UUGUCAAGGAUUUAAAACUUGACAAAGUCGUCAAAGUGCCCAGUGGUUAAUAGUAUCCAAAACGGCUGGCUGGCGCACUGCUAUCUUAUUGCCAGGAUAGUUUUUGGCACAACCAGGAUCAUCAUGGACCGUCAAUUGGUACUACGUCAAUGUACUGUAAGGAAAGUCUAAAGUAUUGCUGCUGGUGCCUUUAUAUGUUCAGAGUCGCCUACAAUCCAUUAGGUUUUCCCACCAGGGUCUAAGUCCACAUUCGAACCAGUGAGAAACCCCAUUGUCCCGGACUCUUCCAAGUGCUUUUUGAAAGUAAAAGUUCAAAACCUACAUUGCGCACUUCAUUCAUGAACCUCAACGUUCUCUCUUGCCAGGGUGUCGGGCAUCCCAAAUUGGACAUGCUGCCAGGAGCUGCUUUAAACUGAGAUGUUUGCAAUCAUUUUGGAUCAAGUCACGAGUGUUUGCACUGAUAGCCUAGUGCUGUCGAUUGGAUAUGUCUUUUACAAAGCACAUCGAAGAACGUGCAGCCAAGAAUGUCAUCAAGCAGCAGUGUUUCCGCAUAUGGCUCGUUUGGACGUCAACUUUGAUGUUGGUGUUCUCCGGCUUGACGAUCCCACUUCUUGGGCUUUUGACUUCGCCGUUUGUAUUUGGAUUUGCCUGUCUCUUGCUGUUGGCACCAGCAGCCUGCCGUGCAAAAAGCCUGACAGAGCCAAUUCUAUACCCUGCGACGGUGUUGAUGCCGACUCACGCUUCACUUCUGGGACUGGGCCCGGAAUCCAAACCUGCCAGGUUCUUCUAUACGGUUUCUUUACCGUUGCGAUUCUUGGCUGGUGCAAGUCUUAUGGCCUUCCCUUACUGGAACAGUUUUGUAGAGGAUGUAGAGGGCCCUGUCAGUGGUGGGAUAAGAGCCAUUCAACAACAACUGAGUGGUGAGACAAAGGAUGAGACAUUUCGCUGCUGCCGGCAGACUUAUUUGGAUGCGAAGACUGCUUGUGAGCACGUUUUGUCUGCACACAGAUCCUGUUAUGAAGGCGGCUAUUGGAUACUCAAUGACUACUAUGUUACUCAUGACGUUUAUCUUUAUGGAUACGGUGAAGCCAACAACACGUAUACUCCUGAUGACUACAGGAAUAUCAACCGCUGCAAUCAGCUGUUUGAGGAUCCCACUUGCACCAAGCAGUUGUCGCAAAUACUACGACAUCUUGUCCAUAAUGAUUCUGACUUCGAUUGGAUUGGACAUUGCAAUUUCGAGUCAUUAAAAUUCCCAUAUUACAUAAUGCUUGAACACUGGGUACGCUUGCUGGAACCAGGACAUGGUUGUUAUCAGCCAAAGCCCAUGGUGGAUUGCCUUAAAGACUUUAGGCAAAACCAUUACGAGAUGAGGUGGACAAUGGCUCCCGCAUGCCAGGUUGUCACGGAUGACGCGAUGACAAGGUUUUGCUCGAUUAUGUCUCAGCUGCCGCCAUACCUGCUUUGCGAGCUAGCAGACUCCAAGCUGGCAGACUUUGAGCCGGUAGGCUGGUCCUGGCAUUGGGCAGGUAGAUUGAGUGAUUUUUAUGGUUGCUUGCAGUCAUCACAGCUGUUACGUGCCAGUCAGUGCCUGAACGUACCAAAGUUUCGAGAAUCGUCCAAAUUCUUAGGAGAUGUCGGGGCCAUUGUUUUCGAAAUCGUCGGGUACACAGUGUCCCUUUCGCCCGCUUUGGCCGUUGUUCUUUUGAUGAUCUCUUGUUGUGUUUCACGCACCCGCAAUGAUGUGGAUGUUGCUGUCCGUGUGGCUGUGGAUGACGAAGUCCAAAGGUUGCAAGAAGAGCUUGAGAAAAACAAAACAGCGCAACUCAGCACGUUUGCAUACGUACUUCUCCGUGUAGACCUUGUCCUCGUCUCCAUGGACAUGUUUGGUGACAUCCUGGCUGUCUUCACAUGGAUUUCUACCGGCCAUGUUUGGUUUGGUAUCUUCCAGAUCCUCGUCAUUCUUCGUAGUGUCCCAGGCAUAGUGCUAUUGCAGCGUGAGCAAGGCUUAGUGAAAGAAGUGCGAGAUUCGCUCAAGGCGAAUACGCUCACUGAUGGUCUUUACAACCUCAUGUUGCAGGAGAAGACAAUAGAGGGUGUGCUAACCAGUUUGCUGCUGGCUUAUGGGCUCAUGCACACAUUUGACAGUCAGUUGGCUUUCUAUGUAACAACGGCCAAGUGGGCCCUCUCCUUGCGUUCAGUGACGAACGGAUGUUUCAUUCAGUUUCACCUUGCACCAGGUGAUGCGCAGACAAGGCCCUUUCUUGCCACCUUGCCAGCAUGGCCUUUAGGCCGAAGAUAUCAUCUCGACACAGAAUGAACCAUCGGGACCAGCUCAGCAUGUGAAGCCUUUCAUUGAAGCGUUUCAAGUUGCAUGAAAUGCAACGUGCACAGCGGGAGAACCAAUCAACAACUUCCUGAGAGUGCCACUGCAGUGAAAAAGGGAGCACGGCACCGGUCUUAGUGUCACUGUCAGCCUUCAUGUGUUAUUUUGCAUCGGGG